CUCACAACUCCCAAUCGGCUUUUGCAAUACUGAAAAUUCAUUUCGAAAGUAAUCCCUUACUCUUCUCGGCAAACUCUACCAAAUUAAAUAUUCACCAGCCGCCUAGAAUUUGCAAUUUAUUUUUAGUCCUAGAGCACCUUAUCCAAAUUUCUGCUAAAUGUCUUCAUUGUGGCCUCACAUCACCGGCACUGAACGUCCUAAAUUACCUGAUACAAACUUUCGGUGUCCUUCUGUCACUUUUCCCCUUCCGUGAGAAUCUGUCCGUAAACGUUUAUAAGUUGAUUGCAUGUCUUUCCCGGCGGUUAUAUUACAUAGAUCUUACAGAUUUCGAGAUAAUAAUUAACUCAACACUUAAACGACAAGAACAAGCGCUUGAGAAAGAUCUGCCUAAUGAUGAAAUCUAAAGAUGAUCAGCAUCAGGGGAAUGAUCUAUACUUGUACAUUAUUAAAUUUUGUUGCUAUGUCUACUAUACAUUAUAUUCACUGUAUAGGAUCGCUUCCCAUAGUGACUAUAUGGACUGAGUCUCUUGUCUGCUCGCACAGCGUAUUGUAAAUCGAAGCUCAUUACUUUCCCGAUAAGCUAACGGACUAAUUAGUUAGUAAUUUGUAGACUGACAUAAUGCUUUAAGAACCAGCUAAUCACUUUUUAAUGAGCUUUUUUCUAAAUAUUUCCACAUACUGUGGAAGCAUAUAUAAAGCGUGGGUUCGAGCAAUUAAAUAUCAAGAUCAAUAUGACAAUUCCAAGCUUCUACAUAGCUUUGCUUGUACUCGUUUGUUUGGUGGCCGAGGCCAUACAAAGUCCAAGUCCAAGUCCACGUAUCGUUAGCGGUAGUAACGCUGCAGAGGGUCAAUUUCCUUAUCAGGUAUCUGUACGUGUAGGCGGAAAACAUAUUUGCGGUGGCGCUGUGAUUUCUCAAAAUACUAUUGUUACUGCAGCACACUGUGUGGCCAGUAUUUCACCAACAUUCCUUACUGUACAAGCCGGUACGAUAAAUCUCACCGAAGCGGGUACUAUUUCCCAAGUAGCGAGGGUAAUUCCACAUCCCAACUACAAUUACGAUAAUGACAUUGCAUUACUGGAGUUAAGUGAACCACUUAACUACUCCAAUGUCAUACGACCAAUAACAUUGGCCACUACUGAAACACCAGCUGGCGAAGAGGUUACCAUUACUGGUUGGGGUCGCUUAACUGAUGGCGGUGUACUCCCCGAAAUAUUACAGUAUAGUCGCAAAUUGACUGUUUUAAGUGAUCAACAGUGUGCUCGUAUAGCCGGUCCCAUUAAUGCGGGCAUACAAUGUCUUUCUAAGGUUAAAAAUAGAGGCUUCUGUGAUGGUGAUGAUGGUGGUCCAGCCGUACACAAAGGCGUAUUGAUUGGUAUCGCCAGUUAUUAUUCCGAUGGAUGUGGCUCUUCUGCGCCAGACGGUUAUACCAAGGUGUCCUAUUAUAAUAGGUGGUUAGUUGCAAAUACGUUUUAGAAGCAGUUUGGAACGAAACACAAGUUUAUAAACAAUAAAGCUCAACUGUAUUCAA